ACAUCUCGGUAGGGUUGCACCAGCUUGCCAUUGAAAUGUUAUUAAUUACCUACGGUGCACAAUUAUUUAUAUGCAGUGGGAGGCUAACAAUGCUGUUGGUGCUCCAGACAAAAGCAUUCGUGACUUUGACCAGCAAGAUGUAGCAGUAAAGCCAAAGAUAAUACCUGCCAAAAGACGAUUAGCAGGCAAUAUAACGUGUGCGAUUAGCCUUCUUAACAGUAUUUGCUGGCAGAUUAGUUUGCUGCUUUAAUACUGAACUGUUGUUCUCUGUGAAUGGGAUUAUCCGUAUUAGCUGGGGUAAAAAUUAGACAAGUAAGUAGGGGUCUAAUAAAUUUGUCAAAUCCUUGCCUUUGCAUACUGGAUAUCCUUUCAGGGGUGCCUAUAAAAGCACAUUCAAUAUGCUGUCAGUCAAACAAAGGCGCGAUUGAGAAGGACAAGGAGGUGGCUGCACAGAGACGUGCAAAACAGUGUACGGAACUGGAAUCUGGACUUCCUUUCCCUGUCAUGUUCUAGACAAAAAAUCAACCAGAUCUUUGAAGGGAAAGAGCACACACUAAGAGACUCGGGUCGUAUUGGUAAACAGCUGGACAUUAAGCAACGAGAAAAAUGAGGUCAGUUCCACGGCAGCAGGAGCUCCCAGAGGACUUCUACAUCCCCAUCCCUCUGGACACCAACAACAUCACCGCCCUCAGCCCAUUCCUGGUCCCUCAGGACCACUUGGGGAGCACGGGGCUGUUCAUGAGCCUGGCCGUCUAUAUGUUUCUCCUCUUCGCUGCUGGCACGGCCAUCAACGUCCUCACCAUCGCCUGCACCGCCCAGUACAGGAAGCUGCGGUCCCACUUCAACUACAUCCUCGUUAACAUGGCCGUGUCAAACCUUCUGGUGUCUUCCGUGGGCUCGUCCACCGCGUUCUACUCCUUCGCCAACAGAUACUUCGUCCUCGGGCCGAUCGGCUGUAAGAUCGAAGGCUUCCUGGCCACACUGGGAGGUACGGUGAGCCUGUGGUCCCUGGCAGUGAUUGCCUUCGAGAGAUACCUGGUUAUCUGCAAGCCCAUCGGAAACUUCGCCUUCAAGGGCCCCCAUGCACUCGCUGGCUGUGCCAUCACCUGGGUCAUUGCACUGAGCGCAGCCUGCCCUCCGUUUUUCGGUUGGAGUCGGUACAUCCCAGAGGGCCUGCAAUGCUCCUGUGGUCCUGACUGGUACACCAUAGGCAACAAGUACAAUAACGAGUCUUACGUCAUCUUCCUUUUUUGUUUCUGCUUCAUCCUUCCGUUCAGCAUCAUCGUGUUCUGCUACAGCCAGCUUCUCUUCACACUGAAAUCGGCUGCCAAGGCUCAGGAGCAGUCCGCCUCCACGCAGAAGGCCGAGAGGGAGGUGACUAAGAUGGUGGUGGUGAUGGUGCUGGGCUUCCUGGUCUGCUGGCUGCCGUACGCCUCCUUCGCCCUGUGGGUGGUGCUGAACCGCGGGGAGGCCUUCGACCUGCGGCUGGCCACCAUCCCGUCCUGCCUGUCCAAGGCCUCCACCGUCUACAACCCCGUCAUCUACGUCUUCAUGAAUAAACAGUUCCGCUCCUGCAUGAUGAAGCUGAUCUUCUGUGGAAGGAAUCCAUUUGGGGAGGAGGAAGAGUCUUCCUCACAGGUUACCCAGGUGUCCUCUGUUUCCACAAGUCAGGUGUCGCCCUCCUAAACCACCAUUCCGCUACCGUCCUCACUGUGAACCACAGCCUCAACCUGCGCUCACAAUCUUGGCCCGCCCAGUUCCCUCUGCACAUCUCUGCAUUCUUAAGAGCUUAUACUGUUUGCCAGAACUAAGAUAAUAAUAUAUAAUCUGUUCUGAUCACACCCUUUAGGUAGCAAUUAUAAAUAAGAUAAAACCCCUUCCUAGGAGCAUAAUCACUGCCAUGACUCACCAAAUCAGAAUGUAGGUACUCAUAGGACAUGACUGCCUGGUACAGCACAAGCGUUGGCAGUCUGUUGGCUCUUGGCUGGCGUAAGUGUUUUUAAGCAUUUAUGUAGUGCUUAUGAAGGUUUUCUGGAGGGCCGAUUUAGGUGUUACUUGGUUCUGUGGCUUACAUGAGUGCCAUGUGGUCCUUCUGUGGAUGAAAACCGGAAUCUAGACAUCUAGCAGGGUGGAAAUCUAGGUGGAGAGGCGUUUUCACACGAACUAGGUUAACCCCAGAAUAGCUCAGGUUUUACCCGGAUGCAGCCUGUCUACGUCCCAGUCAGCUAGAAAACUUUCACUUUUCAACAAAAUGUAGCCGGGUGUUCCCCUGAACGUCUGGACAGCGUUUCACCAAAAUGUUCACUGGGAACCUUCAAUCUGAAUCUGUCAAUGACUCCUCAAACUUAGGUAGUCAUUGUUCUUUUGAAAUGGACAGGGUUUGAAGACAAAUCAAAGUAACCUCGUGCAGUUAGGUGGUUACAGUAUAUUCAUUGUCUGCUGGCAAUCUCAAACAAAAAGAACAUUUUGAAACAGUCUUUUAUUCCAGUUAAAAAGUGGGUCACAGCAGGUUUCAUUUAAUUUAGCUGGUGCUUUUCACCUGAAAGUAAACACAUUUUAAUACUGUAAAUAAUUUUGCAAAGAAUAAACACUUUAAAUAGGUGGUGUUGUUUAUGCUAAUGUAUGAUAUUAAAAUAGUCUGUAUGAUAUUCAGCAAUAAAGAGAUAACGUGCAUGAAAAAAAACAUUAAAAAUAAAUGUUGUUUGAAGCGUGAUUUUGGAGAUGUCAGUGACUGCACUCUGCAUUCUGCUUUGUGUAAGACAUCCGUAAUCUAGAUUUUCAUCCAUUGUGGUAUUCUAUAACAAACAAAUGGCAAACAAAUUUUAAUCAAUUCUUUGUUUGCCAUUUGUUUGUUAUAUGAUUUAAGUGAAAUGUUUGCAUUUGCCAAAAUCCACAAAAGACAGGAAAUUUUAUUGAUAGCCCUAUCAGCCUGCUCUCCAUCACAUCUCUUUGACAGAAAGUUUGAAUCUUAAGCAAUCGGCCCAGUGGUGAGUAUAUGUUGUUUGAAGUACAGCAGACAUAUACAAGGCUGUAGCAGUUGUCAAAAAUGUGUGUUCAUAGUCUACCACUUGAUGGGAAGCAGGGUGAUGUUAGGGCUUUCAAUUGUCAACAUUAGGGCUGAUCAAUUUAAUUUCCAGUCCUUGUGGCUUUUAGAAAGUGUAAACAUUACUUUUUAAAAUUUCUUUUGUGAUUAAUUUCUGUGAUUGGGAUGGCAGGUAUGCUAUCCCACCAGGUUAUGGCUACGGCUUGGUGGGGUGGCAUGCCCCAUACCUAUACAGCACCGAGAGUUUGGCACUUUUCAGGGUUCCCCACAGAAAUAACCACAACGACCACAGACUAUCAGCCCUUAAAAACAUUUC